AUGARUUUGAAAGAUGCCAUCAAAUUGAGAGCACAGKUAUUUAACAGACAAACCGGUCAUCCCAUGGAUUGUAURGAGUAUUACAUUACGUGUGAAMUKCUAUUAGAAGUGUUAGAAUGUGUCCGAUAUUUGMAUGAAUUGAAUCCACCGGUCAUUCAUCGCGAYCUCAAACCCGAMAACAUAUUGAUUGCUAAUGAUAUCCGAAACGGACGGUUCAUUAAAUUAUGUGAUUUAGGAUUACUGACUGUUCACGAAAUGAUAUCACAGAGUCAUACGGCAGGUGUGGGAAGUCCUAAAUAUAUGUCACCCGAAGUCAUAAGUGGUCGCAAAUAUGAUACCAAAGCUAAUGUCUAUAGUAUUAGUUGUAUUAUUGAAGAGUUAUUCGAUACGGAUGUCAAUGAUUGUGUUGAUAAAUAUCUGCAAAACAAUUGGAGUGAAAAAUUCAGUAAAUUAUUAGAUAUUAUUAAUGAAACAAUGAAAYCAAGAUAUAUGGAUAGACCUACUUGUGCUSAGAUUAUUGAACAAUACAAUCAAUGGUCAAUCGAUAGCUCAGUUAUCUUAAAUGAUAUCAAUUUCAAUGAAAAACUACAACAAAUCAAACACAGAGAACAGGAAAGUUCGUUCAGUGKACAGGUAUUCGGAGCCAGAAUUUUGKRAAAUWUUCUAUACAUWUGUUUGCAUCAAAACUAA